UGAGGUCAGAAGAGGGUAGCAUAGCCCUUGGAGCCCGGUUUACACAUAGCUGUUAGCUGCUGUGUGGGUGCUGGGAAUUGAACUUUGGUCCUCUGGAGGACUUGCCAGUGUUCUCACCUGAUGAGCCAUCUCUUCAGGCCCGCUUCUGUUUUUGAGGCAAACACUCAUGAAUUCCAGGCUGUCCUCAAACUCACUAUAUAGCUAGGGUGACCUUGAACUUCUGAUCCUUCUGCUUCUCCCUUCCAGAGGGCAAAGGUUACUGACUAAGCAAGUGUUUUACCAACCAAAUUUCAUCCCUUGUUCUCAGUUAGGUUUAAAAAACUAAACUUGCCAUCAUUUUUAACCAUUUGAUGACUGUGAAGAAAUUCAAAGACCAAGAGUUUGUUAACAGUUAAACAGAGGUAGCUAAAUUUAGUUUCUUUCAAAGCUACUGGGGUUACAACUACUAUCCUUUGCUUAGGCAGCAACCUCAGUUUCUGGCCCAUAGAAGACUGGCCAUAACUGCACUCUGAGGUUUUUACUGUGUGUGGACAUGGGUGGGGGGUUAGGGCCUAACUUGUUUGUCCCGAGAAACUACACUGAAGUCAGUGGCCCGCACUUACGAAAUUGAGCUUGGUAGUGCAGUCCUUGCAGAUGGACUUAGUGAAGAUGAGAUCCUUAGGAUGGGUCCCACCCUGUAAGAUUAGCAUCCUGUAAAGAUAGAGCCACAUAGGCCCAAAGACACAGAAGAAGGUGAAGAUUAAAAAUUCUGAGGAGGAGAGGGCUCUGUGUUGCUUUGAACAUCAAAUAUGUCCUCUAUUAAGUUAGGGCUUCCCCCUUGUUGUGAACAAAGUUGGUAGAGCAUUGACAGAGAACCAUUUCUCCACUAACCUUAUAAGGCCAAGGUCUGCUCCCUCCAGGUUGUGCUUAAACAGUAGCAAAGACCCAUUGCAGGGAUAAGCCCAUUAAUGGAGAAAAAGAUAAGAAACCUAGAAUCUCUGAUAAAGGCUGAUAGGCUGCACAGAGUCAGCUACCUGCUUAAGAUGGUUAAAUAUUAAUUUAGCUCCCUUCAUAUAUCAGGGCAUGGCUUAGUGCAAGGGAGAGGAAGGCAGGGAGCACGGAGAUCACUGAGUGUGUGAGAGGGAGGAGCACAGAGCCCUACAGCUUCAGAGGUGCUCAUUGUUGCUUUCCCUUCCCUAGGAUGGCUUGCCUUCUUCCUGCUGCUCAGAGACUUCCUGCAGGGUUUCUCUUCUUAGUGCUUUGGGGCUCAGUUCUAGGUGACAAGCUGCUGGUGGUCCCCCAGGAUGGAAGCCACUGGCUUAGCAUGAAGGAGAUAGUGGAGCAUCUCAGUGAACGAGGACAUGACAUUGUGGUGCUAGUGCCGGGAGUCAAUUUGCUUUUGGGAGAAUCCAAAUACUACAGGAGGAAAAGCUUCCCAGUUCCCUACAACUUAGAAGAACUGCAGACCCGUUUUCGCACCUUUGGAAAGAACCACUUUGUUCCAGGUGCCCCUCUGAUGGGUCCUCUAAGAGAGUACAGGAACAACAUGCUCGUUGUGGACAUGUGCUUUUUCAGCUGCCAGAGCCUCCUGAAGGACUCUGCCACCCUCAGCUUCCUCAGGGAGAACCAGUUUGAUGCUCUGUUCACAGACCCAGCCAUGCCCUGUGGUGUUAUCCUGGCUGAAUAUCUGCACUUGCCCUCUGUCUAUCUCUUCAGAGGAUUCCCAGCCUCUCUGGAACACAUGCUUGGUCAAAGCCCAAGCCCUGUGUCCUAUGUUCCCAGAUUCUACACCAAAUUCUCAGACCACAUGACUUUUCCACAACGGCUGGCCAACUUCAUUGUUAACAUCUUGGAAAACUACCUAUAUUAUUGUCUGUAUUCAAAGUAUGAAAUUAUUGCCUCAGACCUCCUCAAGAGAGAUAUGUCCCUACCUGCCUUACACCAGAAUUCUCUGUGGCUGUUACGGUAUGAUUUUGUGUUCGAAUAUCCCAGGCCAGUCAUGCCCAACAUGAUCUUCAUU